GGCGUCGCGCCGGGGAGCGGCUCGGUGUCCCAGCGCCAGCUCCGCGGGGACCUCGGUGCACGGAUGGCCCUGCGCGGGCCCGGCGGCGAGCGGCCCGGCGGGCGGCGGGGGCGAGGCAGGCCCGCGGCCGGGGGUGCCUGAGCCCGGGGGCGGCACCAUGAUGCCCGGCGAGACCCACCCGGCGGCGCCCGGGCCGGCGGCUGGGCUCUCGCGGUGUCAGGGCUGCGCCUCCCUGCAGCAGAACUUGAAUGAGUAUGUUGAUGCAUUAAUUACCUUGAAACAGAAAAUCAUCAAUACGGAUAAUCUGUUAACGGAAUAUCAGAAGAAAUUGUCACAGCUGCAGUUUGCACGAAGAGAAAACAGUACGCUGCAUCACCGGGUGGAGCAGAUGCUUCAGAAGAUCUCUCCUCUGCAGAAGUGUCAGGAAGAACUGGGCUCCCUGAAGGCAGAGCUGGAGGAGAAGAAGAGUUCUCUCAAGCUGUAUCAGGAUACCCAGCAGGAGUACACGCGUGUGAAGGAGGAGUGCCUUCGGAGUGACGCUCAGAAGAAGAAACUAGAAGCUAAGGUGAAGAAGCUCGAAGAGGCUGCUGUCAGGCAGACUGAGGACUUCAAGCAGCUGAGAAAUGAAAAGAAAAUACUCGAAAAGGAAUUUAAGAAGACACAGGAAAGGCUUGAUGAAUUUUCUAAACAGAAAAACGAAAAGGAAUUGAGACAUAUCGGAACACAGAUCUCCAGUGAUUCAUACGGCAGCAUAGAUAGAAGAAAAGUGAAGCUGCUGCUGAAGGAACUCUGGCUCUGCAUCAACACGGCACACAGACUCCCAGGGGAGGGCAGAUGUGUCCUAGAACAGCCUGCCAGAGACAGUACCAGAUGCAUGCCAUCCGAGGAAGAUGGAGCUCUGCCCCCCGCACAAGGAAGUCCUCUCCGGACCCCAGGCCCGCAGGCAUGCUUCACAGAUGUGUCCAUGGAGCUGGAGGGUGACUUCGAUUCCCAUGCAAAUGUGGAACCCGAGAGGAGCAGUAGAGCCAGCCACAGUCCCGACCGCGCGUUUAACAACGACCGAGCUGCUGAGCUUCCCGUGCAGAGGGCCCCCAAUAGCGGCAGUCCUGCCUUCGCUGACCAGGGACGGAGCUUUGAUAAAGAUCUUCAAGCUGCAAUUGACUUCUUUAAACUUCCACCCCCGCUCCUGUCUCCUGUGCCCUCGCCCCCUCGGAUGUCAUCCCCACACCCAGGCUCCUUACCUCCACCGCUUGUCCCGGAGACCCACGUGGAAGAGUACACCGACUCCAGCGAGGACGACUCAGCCCCGCCUAGAACUGGCAGCGAGGCUGUCUCAGAUGACUCAGCUGAAUCACGGGAUUGCUUUGGCUUACCCAGGAGAAGCAUGGGAAGUGGCACGUGGGACGAGAAGCCCGAAGCACAUGAGUGUGUGCAAGCCCUGAACACAGGGCAAGUUUACCAAGUGAGAACUGCCGGACUUGAGGCUUUGGCAGCAGCACCAAGAGGUCCUCCAGACACAGGCUCGGCAAGCAGGGCCGUGUCCUCCGAGGCCGCGGGCAGGAGGGAAAGGGAUGCUUCCAGAGAGGCUGGAGCACAGGGGGAGGUCAGGGAACUGGACAAGUCUGUGCAGACGGAGGAGCCUGUCCCCAGGUCCGCCAGGGCUGUGUGGCUGGAGGAGCUCUGUGGCAGCCCAGAGCGAGAGAAGGAAGUUGACAGUGGGCAGGCAGCCUCGUGUUACUCCGCCCUGGGCAAGAGGUCGCUGAAAGAACUCCUGGAGGCGGAACCAGCAACCCGCUUCUCGAAAGUGAUAGAAUGCCCCAAAUCAGAAUCUGCUAAGUGGGCGGUGACUGAAGACGUGGCUUGUGUGUCAGACUCCGCGGCCGUUUCUGACCGCACUCGGAGCCCGUCUGGAGAAGCGGCGAAGGCCGCAGGUGUGCAAGGCUCCGAGGCCAGCGCCGCAGGCUCCAGGGAGCACAGCGCAGGGCCUCUCGUGGAGACCCGGCGUCCCUCGCCUUCUACCUCAGCAGUGCAGUCUGUCCGCAGGAAUCCCCAGGCUCGUCAGUCACCGUUUGUUAAUGACACCGAUGGUUCCACCAAAGUAUUCCCUACCAAACUGUCUCCAUCAGAACAAACAUUGAAAACGAAAACUUUGAACACAUUACAUGUGCAGUCGGAGCCACCCAGGUGUCCUGUAGCAGGAAGUGAGCCAGAAAGCAAGCUGCAUGCUCUGAGCUGUGCCUUGGGAUUAUCCAGUGUCAGUGGCCAGAGGCGCAGUGAGUUCGAGUGCACGGACAUUAGAAAGGGCUUUCCUCACUCAGUAUUUAUGAAAGCAACAAAAGAUGGACAGUGUGAAAGUGAAGGCCCAGGCACUGAACUCAGGCUUACAAAGUCAGAUUUCACCUCAGUAAUAAACUCGCGGGCUGACUCUGUCAGUAGCGCCUCUGGCUUUGCCAAGAGCGCUUCCUGGCACCACAGUGAUUUGUUAAGGAGAAGUGGUGAGGAAAUUCUGCCAGCUAAGCCAGAGCAUGCACAAAAGAUUGGCCUUCCAAUACAACAGGGGAGGCCGUCCUUGCAAAACAGAGGAUGCACAUUUAGUCUUGAACUUGGUGGAGUAAAUGCUAAUCCUGUAGAAUUCAAACCUGCUCCAGCUCAGUUGCCUAAUCAGGUGUCCGUUAUCAUGAAGCAGACAAGGCCUGAAACGAUUCAGAGACUUGCUAGGAGUGAGCCUCCUGCAGGGGCAGGACACAGCGACCCCGAAGACGACCCCGAAGGCAGCCGUGUGCCGCCUGGGGCACAGCGCAGUGGAGAGGGGGCGGCCAUGGCGGCGCGGCUCAAGACCGUGGCGGCUGCAAGCAGCACUUCACCGCAAGUUUCUACCUCUUGGAAGAAACUGGAUUUCGAUUCCCCAAAUGGUUCUUUCCCAGUCGAAAGUGUUGCUGGUUCCACAACCAGUCAGGUAUCUUUCUCUUCUGAGCACAUCCCUACCCAAAAACAGGAUGUGGUGGGGGAAACAGCUGCGCAGCAAGAGGUACAAAAGCAAAGGCAGUUUCCACAGGCCCCGGAUCCUGACUCCAGUGGGUUGGAAGGCAGUGGGCUGCCCCCCGCCUCUGAAGCAGCCGAGUCUGGAGGCCUUCCGAGUGAGGAAGUGCCCUGCGAAGACGCAGCGAGAGCUGGGAGCGAGGCUCUGGCUGUUGCCAGUGGUUCUCCUGACACGCCACCGAAUGCCCGCGGACUCUUGGGGGUGAAGUCGAAAACCAGUGCUUUUGCUGAAUGGCUGCUCCCUGCAGGCACUGCUGCUCCUUCAGCAUUCUGUAGCAAGGCGGAGGAAACACAAGAAGCAUCCCCAAGCAGCCUUCCUGGUCCUUUAUACACUUACACGGGCAUGCGGGAGAGAGGAGAGGAGGCCACGGAGGCAGAGGAGAGUGAAGCGCUGAGCUGCAGUGAGGGUGAACAGGACGCUGAAGGCCUGGUGGGGAGCACCCGGCAGGACGCCCCGGAGGCCUCCCAGGGGAGCGCGGGGUCCGCGGCCGAGGCAGGGCCCUCGGUCGACGUCGGCCGUUUGGCCUCAGCUCUGGAGGAUUGCACCAUAAGUACUUUCCCUGACAUAGACCGACUCUCUGCGUCUGAUGUCGUGAUGUUUCUUGAAAGUUGUCAGUUAAAGGAUUAUAGUUCAGGGGACUCAGUCUCCGAAUGUUCAGCCAGAGAAACCUUAAAUAAAGAAAUGAGCCAAGAAUUAAAGCAAGACGAAAUGUCAGAAGGAAGAUCAAGCAAGCCACCCUGCGAAGAAGAAGCCCUUGGCACCUCUGAAGAGUGGCUUGACUCGGAAGAUGACGACAACUCCCUCCAAAAUCCGAGUCCACCUGCCCAGUGUUCUUUGGAGACACUGUCUGCAGUUCUCACCAAGAUGGGGCAGGAGCUGCAGGUCAGCUGUGAGGACUGCCCUGGUCCUGCGGGGGCGAGGACGCCCCUACAGCACCGUGGCCUGCCCCCUGAGAGCGAGGAGGGACAAGUUGCAUCUCAGGAAACAGCCAGCUCCUCCCACGCCCCAGAAGUGUCACUGGUCAGUGUGGAUGCCAGAGGCAGCUCGCCUGUCGCAGACGGGCCACGGGAGCACAUCCCGGGCAGGCCUGAGGGUCAUCCAGGUGCGGGGGGCGAGGAGGAGGGCCUGGGCUACGCCUCUGCACCGGAGCCCGCGGCGGAGGGGGAGCCCGCGGCGGAGGGGGAGCCCGCGGCGGAGGGGGAGCCCGCGGCGGAGGGGGAGCCUGCAGCAGAGGGGGAGCCCGGUGAGGCGCAAGCAGCCUUCCAGUGUCAGAUCUCCACAGUGACUUCUGAAGUCAUAAGUGUGCUUAUAAAUAAGGACCAGAACCUGGUUAUCGAGAAGGGAGCCAACUGGACCAUCGUCAGCGGGGUGUCUGUCAUGCCGGGUGUGGGCCAGCUCAUCGUGUGUGAGGCUCCUCAGGGCGUCAGAGAGCUGGACGCCGAGCCCGCUGCAGCCGUUUCCGUGACGAAGUCCCCAGACGAUCCCCCUGCGCCUCCGUGUCGGGAGCCUCGGGGGGACAGCAGCGUUUCAUGUAUCCAAGAAGGUGUUUCAAGCAGUGGUCAGAGCGCCAACUUUGAUAAAAGCCGCUUGCGGAAUAGACCUGUUAAGCCUAGCAUAUGGAUUAGUUCUCAGAUAUAUGAUCAGACUUUCGAGAGCCAGGUUGCUGCGUCUGAUCACACGUAUUAUAACUCAAAGCUGGAGCCAUGUAGCAAAAAUAGGAAUCGAUCCAAGAUUGUGAACAAAGAAGCAGCGGGCAAGCCGGCCAAGGCUGUAGCAUCAGGCAAAGCUGAAGUACGUUCAGCUGAAGUUGCUCAGUCCUGCCCAGAGGGAAGAGGUGGCGCCAGAACUGAGAGAAGCCAAGCGCAGCCUGUCCUGGCCAACGCCGAUACCUCCACCCCCACCGACUGCUCUCCGGACACUCUGAGUAAAAUCCGGCAGGAGGUGGGGCCGCCGCUGCCGCCGCUGCUUGCCCCCCUCGUGGCUACACCCCCAAGGGCCUGGCAGCCCCUUUCUCCUCUCAUUUCCAGCUCCAGCCCCUCCUCGCCCAUCUCCCCCGUCGGCCAGACUUCUCCGUCACGUGAACCCCCAGCACCUGCCGUGCCGUCCCCGUGGCUGGAAGGCCCCAGGCACCGCUCUCCUCCCUCUCCUUCUCCGUCGGCUGCAUCGGCCAGCGAUGGGACACCCUCGUCCCCUCUGCAGUUCUGUGCAGCGACUCCCAAGCACGCGCUUCCUGUGCCUGGCCGACUGCCAGCCUGUGCGCCCAGCCACGCCGCGGCAGGGGGCCCUCCUCAGGAGAACUCCGUGAAGGUCCUCGACACCAUGUACCCGGAGCUGUCGGCCAGGGCGCGCACCCUCAGCCUCCUCAAAGGGAACAUUCGGCUCACCCGGGGCGCGUCUGUGGACUCGAGCCUGCCGGGGCCUGUCGGCGCGCUGAAGGCCUUCAAGGCCAUCGCGUCGGCAACGACUGCGUUUGUCAAAACUGGGAGUAGCUCUGCUGGCGACUCGAGCCGGAAGUCGAGAGGUUCAGGGACCCAGCAGGAGUCAGGUGGGAAAAGGGGAUUAUCCACAUGCCCACUGAGGAGCGCCAAGAGACUGUGCCUGGGCAGGGGGUCCCCGGAGCCAGAGAGCAGGGUCCGCGAGAGCCUGGAGGGAAGCCGCUGUCAGGCUGAAGUUGUAAGCACAGAGGCAAGCAGUUGUGUUCCAGCUGUCAGUGCAGAUUCACAGAGGCCUUUAAACCCCAAAGAGACUGUGGAGUCCCACGACAAAGCCAUAGCCGAGGCACUGAGGAAAGUUGCCGAGUCGACUUUUGAUCUGUUGCCUGUCAUCCGUAGCCACGUGUAUGUAGGAAAUAUCUCCAAAAAGCCUGUGAUGAGAGAUCAGGAGAAAGAAGUUGUUCAUGAAUUCAGCACAACCAAAAAGCAUUUAGCAGAGUGCUUGCUUCACUCUAUCCUCUCAGAACUGAAAGUUCAGAAGGCGUCCCUGGAGCACAGCUACAUCCACGCCCUGUGCAGGGUGUACGUGGGCGUCUGUCGGCAGCUCGGAGACUUGGAGCGCGCACGCUUGUUCUGCUACAGCCUGCUUAAGGAAGAUUUUCCAGAGUCUGAGAAGCUGACUCUGUUUAUUGCCAACAUGUGGCAGGAUGUGUUCGCGUCUCAGUCGGUGGUCUCUCAGGCGAUGCAGCUGGUGGCCCGGCAGCGCGCCCGCGGAGAGGUGCUCAACUGCCUGAGGGCGUUCCUGGGCUGGGAGAAGAAUGCUUCUGUAGAUGUUGGCUUCAUGAUUUCCAAGCUGCUUUUGACUAUACAGUUAUGUCCAAAAACAGAAUUUCAGUCCAGUGGAACAUUUGGUGAGGACUUAAAUGACCAAACCUGGGAGUACGUAUUUGCCAUUGACCUGCUUUGUUGCCAUCAGAAGUGGAUUUGGACGCAUGACAACAUCAUAAGUAAGGAACUGUGGCCUGUGAUGGAUAAGUGGAUAAAGUACAGGAAGGGGCACGCCAACGUUGCAUAUACUCCUGAUGUUAUUAUAGCAUCGAUACUGAGGCUCAUAGGGCGUUUGGGCCAGUUGGGCUUGAAGGAAGGAUUUCCAUCUGCUGUGAAAAACAUUAGUUCGGUUAUUGGGAUGUUCAUACAGCACGCUCAGGAUGAAGAUAUUCCGUGGGGUGUUCAGUUAGCAGCUGUAUAUGCACUUUGCGACCUGAGUCCCAGCAAUCCAGCGGAAAUUUCCAAGAUCCUGGAAGCCUGGCGGAGGAAGACUUCUAGGAGCAUCCCGUCCGCCGUGAGCAGCUACCUGGAGGAAGUCGGUUCCCUGAGUGCCGAGGGGCGCGGCUGACCGGGCGGUGGCUGCGGCUGCGGAAGUGCCUUUCCUUGCUGUGUAGAUGGAUCUCGGACUCGGCUUUCCCAGUGUAGACUGAGACCCGGAAACGGAGGACCCAAGGCAGACAGCUGGCAGGAGGCACUCCUGGUUGGUUGGGAGGAGACA